AUGGCUCGAAGCACCGCCGAGGAAAUGGACAGGCUUCAACUUUCAGAUGAGGAUACUGAAGAUCUCUGGGACUCUCCCUCGAAACGAGGAACACACAAGAAGUUCAAUCCUCGAUCUCCAGACGAAAUACCAGCACCAGAACCCCGGCAGCCCCGUGAUGGCGGUGAUACAUUGUUUGAUCGCCAGGAGGCACGAGAAGCAGCCCUACACAACGAAUUACAAACUGUCCGCAAAAUCAACGAAGUGAUUGAAGGUCUUCUGGGUAGCAUUGACCGUGCUAAGGGGAAUAUGGACACUGUAUCGAGAACCGUUACAUCUGCAUCGACUCUCCUCAAUACAUGGACCCGAAUUCUGUCACAAACCGAACACAACCAACGCCUGAUCCUCAACCGGAAUUGGCACGGUGCCACCCAAGAUGUGGCCGAAUUGGAGACCGAAGAAACUCAGAGAAGGCAAGCGGCAGAGCGGCGGGAGCAGGCACUUCUACAGCAACGAGAAGCAGCAGCCCGGAAGGCAGAGGAGGAAGCGCAACGACGAGCACUGAGCACAAGAGGCGCACGAGGGACUAGUCGGGGCACCGUGCGCAGUACUGGCCUGGGCAGAACACCUAGCGUGAGCACCAGUCGAACCGGAGCGACGCGGGGAGCAUCAACAACCACAACUCGGCGACCAAUCAGUGGGAUUGCGCGUGGUGGAACAACAACCCGAGGAAGAGCGGCCAAGCCUUGA